AUGGAUGCCGUCAGCCAGGCCCCUGUGGACGUCAUGCUCCCCAAGCACAUCCUGGACGUCUGGGUCAUUGUCCUCAUCAUCUUGGCCACAGUUGUCGUCAUGACUUCCUUGCUGCUGUGCCCGGCCACUGCUGUCAUCAUCUAUCGUAUGCGGACUCACCCUGUCCUCAAUGGGGCUGUCUGA